AUGCUCAUGAACCUGGUCUCAAUUCUGGCUGCCCUCCGAGCCUGCGACAUCACAAAGCACUCCGGCGGCAAGAGGGGCCGCAAGCCCAUUGUUCCCGCCGUCACGGCAGCCGCGGCCGCCACCCCUGCCGAGCCUGCCGCCGAGCCCGCGCCGGCAGCACAGCCCCGCGCCGCUGCCAGCCCCGACGCGCUGUGCAAGGCUGCCACCGCCAGCCCUGCCGCUGAGGUUGGAUGGUUCAAGCGCGUUUGCCUCGAAUCGCGCGCCUUUUUCAAAACCCCAAUCAAGUUUGCCAAGAAGCCAGUCUUCUCGCGGGCGGCGAUGCCCGCGUCUGCAGCCACCACUGCCAAGAGCCCCAUCAAGCCCACCGAGCCCCCGCCCGCGCCCCAUACGGCCAGUGCAAGCUCCAGUAAGGGCAGCGGCGACGCCGCCCGAUGCGGCCGCAGCCCCUCCGCUCCCGCGGCCACUUUGUCCCGUUGGUUCAACAGCACCGCCACCAAGCUCAAGACCAAGUGCGCCGCCGCGUGCGACGCCGUCGCCAACCCCGUCACCGCCGCCGCCGCCGCGACCAAGGCAUCGGCGCUCCGCCUGGCCGUCAAGGGCAAGAUGCUGGUCACCAACAAGGGCCGCAGCGGCACCACGGCUCCCGACAACCGCAGCGACGACGCGUCGGAGUACGCCUCCGCCAACAGCGCCACCCCCUCGUUCCUGUCGCUGCGGUCGUGCGCGUCGUUCGUCUCGAUGGCGGAUGCCGGCUACUACGACGCCGUCCCCGCUUUCAGCACCCCCGCCGGCGACGCAGAGGUGCUGCUGGCCGUCGACACCGCGACCCACACCGUGCCCACUGUGGCCAAGUCUGCCGCCCCCGAAGCUUCCCCGAAGUCCAGCACCAGCGCAAAGACGCGCGGGGCGGCCAAGAAGAUCGUGCGCCUCUUUCUGUGCGGGGCCGCGCCCACCGCGCCCGCCCCCAAGGCGCCCACUGCGGCGGGCUGCUCCGCCCCCGCCGCCGCUGCCAAGCCUGAGCUCGGCGCGGCCAUUGCCGCAAAGGCCGCGGCGGCGCUGCUGCGCAUCUCGUCGCGCCGCCGCCGCCCCGACCAGGAGGGGGAGACGGCGGUGGCGGCGUAG